UUCUUCUCCGGGAUUUCCCCUUUUCUCUUAAUCGAAUGGUUAAGAGCUGUGGACCGCAGGACGAUGGCGCGCUUCUCUUCCAGCGUGAUUUUCUUCAUGGCCUUUGAACUGGGAGCCGCUGCCGGUUUGGGCCAAUUGGACGCCGCCGGCCCCUGGCUGAAAGAGGCCAGCCUUCGCUCCCCGGAGGAGCCAUCCGUUCGGCUUCAGACUGGGCGUUCCGCGAAGAACCAGCUGAUGUCGUUCACAGGCAUCCAGGACAGUAGAGAGCUCAACAAGACCUGCUGUCUGAAUGGGGGCACCUGCAUGCUGGGGUCCUUCUGCGCCUGCCCCCCCUACUUCUUCGGGCGGAACUGCGAGCAUGACGUUCGCAGAGAGAACUGCGGGUCUGUCCCCCAUGACACCUGGCUGCCCAAGAAGUGCUCUAUGUGCAAAUGCUGGCACGGCUGGCUCCGGUGCCUUCCUCAGACCUUCCUGCCUGGCUGUGAUGGCCACGUGAUGGGUGAGCAGUCAGCAGCUUCCAGGACCACAGAAUCCAUGCCACCUGCGCGCACCCCUCUUGUGCUAGCUGGCGCCUGCCUUUCUGUGCUGCUCUCUCCGUUGACAUUUGCUGUUUUCUGAACGGACACGCUCUGAUGUCGUGGGCAUGUCACGGCUGUCAGGGCUGCUGCUCUCCUGCGGUAACUGAAAGGUGAUCAUUUGUUAAUUGCCUUGAAAUCAUGAAUUUCCAGGAAUGUCCUUGCCUCUGUCUCACUCACCCUUAUUCCCAAAAAUCUUUUUUGUUUUUUAACAUUGACCAUACUUUGUACCUGGGCCCUAUGUUUCUCGAUACCUCCAGCUCUGUAAUGGGGCUGGUACCGAUGUUUCCCUUCAAUCAUAGGAUUUCUGGCUUCAGAUUGUUUAAGACUCUGCCUAAUGUGGAAUGGGGGCGGUGUGUGUGUGUGUGUGUGUGUGUGUGCAAAAGAUUUCAUAGAGUUGGCCCAAAUCAAUAGAGAGAAGGAAAGAAAACGGCUC